CCAGUCGCGGCCCACUGAUUGCUGGCGCCACCGUGUCGUCAAGACCACGGGGUGCCGCUUUCCCAUCGGCUAGCUCCUCGUCCCAUCCACCCGAGAGCACCACCGGCGGAGCGGGAAGGCAUCCAUCCAUGGUCGUCUCCACCUUCAGUGGCCCUGGCAUUGGGCUCGGCUUCGGCGUCGGCUGCGGAUUCGGAGUCGGAUGGGGGUUCGGAGGAAUGCCUCUGAACGUAUUCGGCUUGGGCAUCGGUGGGGGGUGCGGGGUUGGCCUUGGGUUAGGAUGGGGCUUUGGAAAUGCUUAUGGUUGUCAAUAUCGAUCUUCAAGGGUCCAGUUUCAGGGCAUUGAGUUUCAGAAAAAGUCUGAAGGGGAUGAAGCACCAAAGCUUGUUUCGUCAGGGCUUGUUGAAAAGUCUCGUCCUUAUGGCUAGUAUAACUGCGAUCAUACAAUUGACACAGGCAAUGUUACCAUUGUCCCUUGAUUGUAGUCAAUUGUCUACCUGGAAAGUUGUUUGAAAGCAUUUUGAUGUUUUGAUGAACUUGGACGUUUUCAUAUAGUAACAUAAUGUGGAUAAUCCAUGGUACCUUUUUCGUUU